AGUACAAAUCGCUGUCAAACUGAAGUGAUCAUGAAACUAUCAGCUGAAUGUAUUAUGUCAGAAAUGUGAAUCAAUUUAUUGAAAUUUGAUUUAAUUCUGGCUACAAAUUAUAAGCAAUGAUUGGAGAUACCGUGGUUUUAAAACGGGUGUUAAUACCUUGUAUAGGGUUAAUGAAAGUCAAAUGUGAAGCUGCAUCGGAGGAUCCUAAAUCACCACUUAAAUGUCGUCCAAGUGAACUUCCUUUCUAUUGUGAUGAGAAAAAAAAAUCUACAACUCAUAUUCAAGAUGAUAUUGAUUUAAUAGAGUCGAGUGAAUUCGAAAAGAAAACUAGCCAAAUUCGUAAAGAAUUAUUUAACACUGUAGAUAUUGUUUCCAAUUAUGUGAACAGUAUCAGUGAUAAAGUCAACGUUGAUCAAGUUAAAGAAUGGACCUCAUAUCUGCAAGAGGAAGAAAACGUAGCACCACGAGCUGGAGCAAUUGCACUUGGUGGUUUAACUGGUUUAAUAUUUGGUUUACGUGGUGGAAUGUUUCGUAAAGCAUUUUAUACAACAGCCGGCACAUUAACAAUGACCGCUGUGUGUUAUCCAAAAACCACUGCCGAAUACUCUCAUCUUGUAAUCGAUGAUACAAGACGAUAUCUCACAAUUGCAUAUAAUUUUGUUUAUGGAGUCAAGCCAGGUGAUCCUCAGAAAGAAUUACCUUCAUUACCAACAAUACCUACAUCGUUAUCAGAAGCAUGGUCUUUAACAUCCUCUAUUGGACGUUCAGCAAAAACAUUAAUAUUAGGUGAAUCAAAAGAAUCUUCAAGUGAUUCAUCAUCGAAGAAAGAGACGAAGUAAAAUCGAGAACAAUAAAGAUUGAUAUUAAAACAAAAUUAGGCGAACCAAUUAAAUAAAAUUGCUAAUAACGAAUAAUUUUAGGAAAACAAAAAUGGUGUAUGCAGCUAGAUAUCUUGUUAUAUGUUUUGAAACGAAAACUAAAUUGUAAUUGUACUCUGUUUCAUUUUCAAUGUUUUUUUUUUUCAUCAUUUGAAUAGCAAUCGAGGAAAAUCAAUUUGUU